UCUAUGCUAAAAUAAGCAAGUGCUUUGUAAUACCUAGAUUCAAACUUUUCUUUGAUAUGUCUUUCAAACAAGAGGAGGUAAUUCGUCCCAAUGCCAAUUUUCAUCCUGGUCGGUGGGGGGAUCAGUUUCUCGUCUAUGAAGAGCAUGAUGUUAAGCAAGCUGAGGUAGAACAAAUUGUCAAAGAUAUGAAGGAAGCUGUAAGGAAAGAUAUGUUGUCAUCUUUAGAAGUUCCAACAGAGCAUGCAAAUUUGUUAAAACUGAUUGAUGUCAUCCAACGUCUUGGUAUAGCCUAUCAUUUUGAAGAAGAGAUUGAACAAGCCAUGCAACGUAUUUAUGACGCAUAUGGUGAUGACUGGAAAGGAGGAAACCCUUCUCUUUGGUUUCGAAUCCUACGACAACAAGGCUUCCAUGUUUCAUGUGAUAUUUUCAAGGUAUACAAAGAUGAAAACGGGUCUUUUAAGGAAUCCUUAGCGAGUGAUGUCGAAGGCUUGCUUGAGUUGUAUGAAGCAACUUAUUUGAAAGUGCAAGGUGAAGUUGUGCUAGAAGACGCGCCUGUUUUUACGAGAACCCAUCUUAACAAAAUAGCAAAUGAUCUUACUCAGACCAACUCAGUGUUGUCUAGCCAUAUCCAAGACGCGCUAAAGCUACCUUUACAAAAAAGGGUGCCAAGGCUAGAGGCGUUAUGUUACAUUCCUUUCUACCAGCAACAAAGUUGUCAUAACGAGUCUCUACUUAAACUAGCCAAGUUAGGGUUCAAUUUGGUUCAAUCGUUACAUAAGAAAGAACUCAGCCAUCUUUCCAGGUGGUGGAAAAGUCUUGUCCCGAACAAUCUACCUUAUGUAAGGGACAGAUUGGUUGAAUCUUUCUUCGGGGCACUUUGUGUACACUUUGAGCCAAAAUACUCUCAAGCUAGAAUUUUUUUAACAAAAGUAUUUGCGAUGACAACAAUUCUUGAUGACACUUAUGAUGCUUAUGGUACUUAUGAAGAACUUAAGAUCUUUACUGAAGCAAUUGAAAGGUGGUCAAUAACAUGCAUAGAUGAGCUUCCAGAAUACAUGAAACAGAUAUACCAAGAAUUGUUGGAUGUUUACAUAGAAAUGGAAGAAAUCAUGGGAAAGGAGGGGAAAGCGCAUCAUGUUAGCUAUGCAAAAGAAGCUAUGAAAGAGUUAGUUAGAAGCUAUAUGACUGAAACGAACUGGGCACACAAGGGGAUUGUACCAACGACAGAUGAACACAUAGCCGUGUCAUACAUCAGCAGCGGGUAUGGAAUGCUCAUAGCAACAUGUUUUGUAGGCAUGGGUGAUAUGGUCACCGACGAGUCAUUCGAAUGGGCUCUCUCAAAACCUCCUAUUGUAAAAGCUUCAUGUGUAAUGGCUAGACUCAUGAAUGAUUUUUACUCCCAAAAGGAAGAGAAAGAUAGAAUGCAUGUUGCAUCUAAUGUUGUUAGCUACAUGAAGCAAUAUGAUGUCACAAAAGAACAUGCCCACAACGUAUAUACCGAUAAAAUAGAAGACUUAUGGAAUGAAAUUACCCACGAGUUCAUCAUGAACAGAAAAAUUCCACUGCCUCUAAUAUAUUGUUCGAUCAACUUGACUCGAUCUCUAGCUGUUAUAUAUGAAAGGAACGAUGGUUUCACUCAAGUGACAGAAGAACUAGUUGGUCAUAUUAAAUCUUUCCUUGUUCAUGGAAUGAACAUAUGA